GAGUACAAACAAACAUCACUACCGGUGGUGUAUAAGCCACAACGGAGCGAAGACGAGACCCAAUAGCAUUCGUUUAUUAAGUCGAUAACAACUUAUCACAGAGAUAAGCGACUAAUAAGAGGGUCGUCCGUCGUCUUCUCCGUAGCUCGGCUGAAGAUAGGCCUUAUCGGGGGUGUAUCUUGUCUCACGGCGGGCCUGAUCAUUGUGUGUCUUUCAGCUUUAUUUUGCGUAAAGUGAAGUCGUGCAGAGGGUGAUUUUGGCGAACGAGAACAACAUCACAUUGCCAGAGGAACCGACCCGGAGAUGAUGUCCAAAUUGUUCGAUGAGACAAGCUCCAGUGGUGGAAAUGCUGUUCGGAAUGCGUUACUGGUAGCAGCCGGAGUUGGAGUAGCCACCCUAGCCGGGUAUGGCAUCUACAAGCUAGCGCUGAAAUACCUGGAAAACGUUCCACCCAAAGAAUGGCGCCGGGUAGGCGAGAUAACCGACCUCCACGUCUACCCCAUCAAAUCGUGCGGUUCCGUCCGCGUCAGCGAGAUCAACUGCUCCAACCUGGGACCUCGGAUCGCUCUUCUUCGGGACCGUAUCUUCAUGGUGGUUCAAUCCGAUGGAUCGUUCAUCACCGGUCGUGGCCACCCUUCGCUGGUAAUGGUCCAGCCUCGGUUUGACGAGAACCACGAAACGAUGACCCUGUCGGCGCCGGGAAUGAUGGACAUCAGUGUGGACGUGAAGCGAUUACUAUCCGUAGAACCGGUUAAGGCCUCCGUUUGGGGUCAGACUGUGACGGCGGUCGAUUGCGGUGAGGAAGUCGCCCGGUGGUUGUCCCGAUUCAUCCUGAGCGAAGAUUUCGGUCUACGCUUGAUGUUCUAUCCACUGGACUACCCCACACGAGAUGUCCGGGAGAAGAACAAGAUUCACCUCAAGUUGACUGCUCGGGAUUCGGGGGCUCUGCACGACGCUACCAGUUAUAUGUUGCUGUCGGAAGCGUCGGUUACGGAUGUGAACUCGAGGUUGGAGAAACCGGUGACGGCUGUGCAGUACCGGCCGAAUAUGGUCGUGAAGGGACCAGGGGCGUUCGAGGAAGACGACUGGAAGUGGAUCAAAAUUGGGGAGACGAUCUACAAGAAUGUGAAACCGUGCACCAGGUGAGUCAGAUAUGAUAGCAUGGUGAUAGCCUUGACUUUGUCUAGUUCUGGUUGUAGCUGGCUAUACUAUCAGUUAUUGUUUUGUCAAACUGUUGUUAUCGGGAUGAGCUUGAUUGUAUACAUCUGAGGGGAAGCUGAUGUAAUAACUUUUAAUAUUGUAGAUCCUCAUGUUGCCAACCACAAUGGUCUGAAUUAUCAAUUUUUAAGGAGAAAAACUUGUAUUUCUCUUCUCGCAAAAUUUAGAUGAUGGGUGUUUUCCAAAGAGUGGUUUGCAAUCAAUGAUGGUUGCACCUUUGUCCUAAAUAGUUGAAUAUGGUGAUUGGUGGUCGGUCACCAUCCCCACACUCUUUUAUCCAUAAAAGUUACGUCGCAAAGGAUGCGGCAAUAGUGCUGGAUAACGUAAAUAGACAAUUGAUGAACAGUUAAAACUGGAGUUUUUGAUCUAAUACUUUUUUGUGCCUUAUUCUAUGGUAGUUGAAACGUAUCCACUGAACUUCCAGAUCUUAUUAUUUCGUAUCAUUGCCAUUGUAUUUUAUUUUUCUUACAUUUCAUUUUCUAUGAGAUUUAAGGAGUAUCAGAAUGUUUUAGAGGAAUUUCAAUGGAGUUUUAGAGAUGGUUCUGAGGGAUCUUCAACAUUUUAAGGCGGUUUUUGGCGAGGGGACUACACAACGAAACUUGGGUUGAUGAUAAUAAAAAAUUCUCUGAAAAUGCA